AUGGCUAACGAGGAUAUUCUUCCAAUCGAUGUUUCGGGGGACGUGGGUACAAGAAUCCUGAGUGUGGAUGGAGGAGUCCGGGGUCUUAUCCCUGUGCAAUUACUCAAAUUCUUAGAGCAACAGUUGCAGAAAUUGGAUGGGGAAGAUGCCAGACUAGCAGAUUAUUUCAAUAUAAUGGCAGGUACCAGCACUGGAGGUCUCAUCACCACAAUCAAAUGGAAUAUUUUUCACGGCAUUUUCGGUCCCAAAUUCACUGGCAAACAUCUGGUCGAUAUCUUAAAACAAGAGAAAUUUCACGAAACACGUCUUGCUGAAACGGUAACUAACCUAGUGAUACCCACCUUCGAUAUCAAGACGCAGUUUCCCACGAUUUUCGCCAGCCAUGAGGCGAAAGUAGAUCCGCUGAAGAAUCCAAAUCUUAUGGACGUAUGCCUCUCCACAACUGCACCUCCUACCAAUUUUCCAUCUCACCAGUUUACUACAAAGUCCAGCAAUGGGGAAACCAGAGUUUUUAACUUAGUAGAUGGAGGAGUAGCAGCCAACAAUCCUGUAAUGCUUACCUUGAUAGCAAUGAAUCUAGUCACUCGAGCAGUUCAUCGGGAUCCAAGAAUCGAAGACAAGAAGAAACACAUUGACCACUUUAUUGGGCUUUCUCUUGGAACGGGAUUAGAAGACGGUAUUGAAUGGGAUGCAAAAAAGGCUGCGACAUGGGGAAGCUUGAAGUGGAUUGCUCACGAUGGAAGAACACCUCUGAUAGAAUCCAUCAUGAAUGCAAGUUCAGACAUGGUCAACAUUCAUACAGUUUUGAUGCUCCAUCAUUGCAAAGAAAAUUAUCUUAGAAUCCAGGAAUGGCAAUUAAAAGGAAGUGAAGCAAAGAUGGAUCUCAGUACAGAAGAAAACCUGAGGAACCUUGUGAAGAAAGGGCAGGAGUUAAUGGGUGAAGGACUCUCUAUGGAUAAGAAGUUGAGGGAUAAGAAGCGUGCAUCUUCUUCACAUUCUAAGAAUGGGCAUUCGAAUGCCCAUAGUGGUGGAAUAAAGAUCUAA